CUCUAAAACAGAUUUUUUUUUUUUUUUUUUUUUUGUCGCAGCAGGCCCUAAAAAGGAAGUUUGAAACUCUUCGAAUCUUGGCUUCUCAAUCUCUUCAUCAUCUUGCGAUUGAAAAUGAUCGAGGUAGUGUUGAACGAUCGACUGGGGAAGAAGGUGAAGGUUAAAUGUAACGAGGAUGACACGAUCGGCGAUCUAAAGAAGCUGGUGGCGGCUCAGACCGGAACCAGAGCCGAUAAGAUUCGAAUUCAGAAGUGGUACAACAUCUACAAGGACCAUAUUACUCUCAAGGACUACGAGAUCCACGACGGCAUGGGUCUUGAGCUCUACUACAACUGAUUUCAUCAUUCUUUUUCCGGGUAUGCACCAACACCAACACCAGUGGAAGUGCAUUAUUAAAUGGAUGAAAUUUCUCCAUCUCAACUUAUGGGAAUGAAUGUAUGGCUAUUGUUUUGACAUGCCAAUAUGUAGAUUGUUGGUCAUGUAAUGUCUGAUAUGGAUAAUAACUGUGUGUAAAGAUCAGCUAUUUUCUGUGCUACGUACUUAUAGUUAUAUAUAUGUAGCGUGUGUGGUGAUUGUUAGUGGAGAAUAAAAACUUAAUCUUAACAAACCGUUUCAGUUCGCUAAUAAGCAUUUUGGUCUGAGGAUCAGGCUUUAUAAGCAUUAAGAAAUGGUUGAGCGCAAACAUUUAAUAAUUUUACAUUAGUACAUGAAUGAUUUUUAUUUA